AUGUCUUCCUGCAGGGCCCUCCGUAUUCUGGGGCAAGGUUUAUCUCUGCUCGCCAUCCUAUCUCCUCUAGCAGUCUCGGCCGCCUCCAAGAAUGAGUACAAGACUAUGUGCGGCGCGUUCGGCGACUCGUCUGCACUCCAGUACGCGGGCGCCAGCACCGACACUGGCAAAUACCUCUACGGCGCGAACCAGUGGGGUUGGGACGCCAGUGGUGCUCAGUGUAUGACGGUUGGACUGGACGACUCUGACGAUGCUGCCUCGUUCAACGUAACAUGGUCGUGGACGGAGCGCGAUGUUUGGGUCCACUCGUAUCCCAAUGUCGGUCUCGAAUCCGUCCAGCUGCCCUCCAGAUUGGACAACGUCAAGUCCUUCAACGUCAGCGCCGCCUGGGACAUGUACCCUUCAGACCAGCCUGACGCCGCCAACAAGACCGAAGCUCUCAUGGCCAUCGGCACAAAGGCCGACAUUGCUCUCGACAUGUUCAUUGACAGCAACAACAUCACCUCGAUGAACGCCUCCGCCGCCGCUUUCGAAGUCAUGGUCUGGUCGGCCAUCUGGGGUGGUGUCGCUCCCAUUGGAUACCAGACCUUCAACGCAGAGGCGCCCAAGUACACCCUCAACGGAGUCGAAUACUCUCUGUACUCUGGCUUCAACCAGCAGUACCAGAAGCAGGCCGUCUACUCUUGGGUCCCCUCUGAGAACCAGCAAGGCAUCCAGGCCGAUCUGUGGGAGCUCGUCACCUACCUCAUUCCCCGCAGCAACAUCACCUCCGACAUGUACAUUGGUCUUAUCCAAUUCGGUACCGAGACUGUCCACGCCACCUCGAACGUCACCUUUGAGAUGCAAAAGGCCCAGAUGGAUCUCGCUGUUGUCAGCCAGAAGCCCACAACCACAAAGGGAUCUCCUCCCGCCACCGCCGGUGCAUCAAAGGGUGGUGCAUUCCACGUCGCGCCAACCAACUUUGCUCUCCCCGCAGCUGCCAUGGGCCUCGCGGCUGCUGUCCUUCUCUAA